AUGGAAGGUACUGAAAAAAGAAAUCCUGGAAGGCCAUUUCCUAGGAAGGAGGAAAGUGAAUGGGUACCAAGAACAGCAGUUGGGAGGCUGGUGAAGAUGUUUAAGAUAACGUCUUUGGAUCAAAUAUUUAAGUUUUCUCAUGUGAUCCGUGAACCAGAAAUAGUUGACAUGCUAUGUGGAAACUCAAUAAAAGAGGAGGUAUUAUCUAUUAAGUCUGUUCAGAAGCAGACAAGAGCUGGGCAGAAAACAAGGAUAAAGGCCGUGGUCGUGGUUGGAGAUGAAAACGGGCAUGUUGGCAUUGGAACCAAGGCAUCGAAAGAAGCUGCAUCUGCAAUUCGAGGAGCCAUAGCUAGAGCCAAGUGUGCAAUUAGGCCUGUAAGGUUAGGGCUUUGGGAUGGAAACCAAGGGAAACCGCACACUAUUUCUUGCAAGGGAUCUGGAAAAUGUGGAACCUCCAUUGUCCGAGUGAUUCCUGCACCAAGGGGAACGGGGAUUAUAUCUGGAAGUGUCAACAAGAAAAUAUUUGAGCUUGCAGGGAUCAAAGAUCUUUACACUAUAUCUUCUGGAGCCACCUCAACAACUGAAAAUUUUGCUAAAGCCUCCAUUGCGGCUCUUGAAGCAACAUCAUCGAUGAUUCUUCCAGAACAAUGGGAAGAGAAGCCUAGGACAUUGAAUCCAUUGCUGGAGUUUGCCGAUAUUCUUAAUCAACUUGACAAAAGCCGUGUUUAA